CGAUUGGUUCGGCCGGGGUGGUGAUUGGUUGCGUAGUGCGCAGCGGCGGUCUCUCCCCUGGUGCACUGUCGCCCCGCGGGACCCCUCGUGCGAGACUCCGCCCCGGGGACACCUGCUGCGCAGACCCGGCGCUGGAGCGAUCUGUCCGGCUCCUCGCGGGGGUGCAGCGGGUUCGCGCUCCCAGGGUCGCUGCCUCUCGGAGCUGCCGAUCUCUUUCCACCCUGCCCCGGGAACAUGAGUGAGGGGGUGGGAAGCGAGCGGCAGUUGCUGCCCCGGCUCUGCCGCCUGGAGAAGGGGCCGAACGGCUACGGCUUCCACCUGCACGGGGAGAAGGGCAAGGUGGGCCAGUUCAUCCGGCUGGUGGAGCCUGACUCCCCGGCCGAGACGUCGGGGCUGCGGGCCGGGGACCGGCUAGUGGAGGUGAACGGCGAGAACGUGGAGAAGGAGAGUCACCAGCAGGUGGUGAGCCGCAUCCGAGCAGCCCCGGGCGCCGUGCGCCUGCUGGUGGUGGACUCGGAGACGGACAAGCAGCUGCAGAAGCUGGGCGUCCAGUGCCGGGAGGAGAUGAUCCACGGGCUGCCCGCCGCGGGGCCGGAGAACCUGGAGGAGAAAAGUAACGAGGAGCCGCAGGAGGCACCGAGGGAGCAGGCGGAGAGACCAGGCGGGGAGGAGAAGAGCCACCCUGCGGAGCAGAAAGAGCUGCGGCCUCGUCUCUGCCUGAUGAAGAAGGGCCCUAACGGCUACGGAUUCAACCUCCACAGUGACAAAACCAAGCCGGGGCAGUACAUCCGGGCCGUGGAUCCAGACUCGCCGGCUGAAUCCUCAGGGCUACGUCCGCAAGAUCGCAUCAUUGAGGUGAACGGACAGUGCAUGGAAGGGAAGCAGCACUCUGACGUGGUGACGGCUAUCAAAGCCGGGGGAGAUGAGACCAAGCUGCUGGUGGUGGAUAGCUUAACAGAUGAGUUCUUCAAGAAGUGCAAAGUCAUUCCCUCGGAGGAGCACUUGACAGGUCCCUUGCCAGAGCCAGUUGCCAACGGCGAAGUAGAGAAGGAGGACAGCAGAGAGCAGCGGCCAGAGUCCGUAUCUGAAAGUCUAUCGAGCCCCGAGCCAAUGGCUGUGUCCCCCUCUUUGAAAGAGACCUACAACGAGUCUGACUCACAAGAGAAGGAGGAGAAGCGAAACUCCACGCCCGAUCCGCUCCUGGACCUCAACGUUCCUCUGGCUGUGGCCAAGGAGCGCGCGCACCAGAAACGCACCAGCAAGAGGGCGCCACAGAUGAACUGGAGCAAGAAAAACGAACUGUUCAGCAAUCUCUGAAAAACCCCCCGGCAGAGGAGAGGAGAGGUAGCAAACUCUCCAGUGUCUGGCCCAAAUCUCCACCAGCAUCUUACUUUCUUCCCAGUCUCCAGUUUCACUAGGGAGUGGAGUCCUUUUCCCCCCACACUUGGAUUGCACAAUUUGGUUGUCUCUACUGUAAUCUAAAGGAAAAAAGCACAAUGGCUCCUUUUGCGAGUUUCCAGAGCAGCGUUAACAUUCAGAGAACAAGAUGUUUUUUUGUGUCUCAGUAGCUUAGGGUUCAUGCGUGGUAAGGGGUUGGACCAUUCCACGGCCCAAAUCAAACCCCUAUGUGUUUGCAGUGGGCACUGUGGAACACCUCUCAUUCUCACUGGCUUUCUACUGAAAGCUUAAAUCUAUGUAAAUGCAGGGAAGACGUUCAGCAGUGACGUGGGAUUUUGAGUGCCUGACUUGAGACCCCUUAAAGAGUCCUAAUGUAAUGCUUGGCUCUUAAAGGAGCUUGGGUAUAUUUUCUGGUGUCUCCAGCUGAGCACCCAAAAUCACUAGACAUAUCUGAAUAUCUCAGCCUUAGGCUUCAGUUUGGCCAAGAACCAAACAACAUUCCUUCCAAGAGUUACUAUUUGUUUAGGGUGGGGUUUUUUGUGUUUUACCUCUGACCUGGGGCUUCCAUCUACAAUGAUCCAGCCCCAUCAAAUCCCCUGGUCUGAAGGUACCCAGAGGGCACUGUAGUUGAGUCAGUUUAACCAAGCACUUGUGUGAAUGCCAUGAAACCGGUGUCCUGAACACAUCUCACUGAACCAUUUGUCCCAGGCCAACUGGAAGCAAACUUUCAAAGGAUCUAGCUCCCUAGAUAGCUGAGGCCUGAGACCAGAAGGGCUUCCCUUGCCAUGUUAUACCGGAGGGUUUGUUCCUGCAGGGGAGGGCUGUUUGGACCAAGCACAAUGACCAAUAACUGCAAGUGGGAAUCUCCUCCGAUGGCUGGUUACUCCUGGAGACCGAACUGAUCAGGGUUUUGAAGACUGAAAUGUAUAAUGUAAAGGUUUUUAAAUAGACUCUCUCUCCAUUUUCUGAAAUGAGAUGCUUCUAAUCACACUGAUUUUUUUUUUUUUUUUUUUUUAAGGAGGGGGAGGGGAAAAAUUUAUUCUGUGGUGAUUUUUCCCUGUGGAUGUUUUAUUUCUGUGUUUGCAAUCGAGGUAUUAUUGUACUGUCAAGCUCAAGAGAAAUGCUCUUUACCGGGGGAAAAAAAA